ACUUAGGUGGGAAAAUCAAACGACUGUGUUGCUUUUCUUGUUUUGCCUAUCGUUAGAUUCUCAAAAGGAUUACAGCAUAAUUGUGAUAUUUGAUAUGGGGUUUUCUAUCGUUUCAGUCAUUCUAGUUAUUGUUGGUUUAUCUGAAAAAUCUGACACCUUUUUCUAAUUGUAAAUGGAAACUACUUUCAUGUAUGAGUGAUGCCUAAGUGUUCAACAGCACAGGAUUCGGUGAAUUUCGAAGAAUACACAACAGAAAAUGAUGUCAAACUGAUAAAUCAUGAAACCAUCAUAAGGGACUGUAGUGUUGGGUCUAAUUCGAUUAGUUCUGAGAACAGCCCUGGAUUUAAUCUUCCAAAGAAUGGACUGAUUGCUUCUGCCCUGGAGAUACCUAAUUCUGUAUGUUUAUCCUUCGAACAUGUUGAUCCACAAAUGGACUGCACUUCUCGCUCACCCAAGAUAGACGAAGAAGUGGUUCAGGAUGUAAAACGUUUGGACUUAUAUGAUAAACAACCAAAGGAUUUAUGCACCGAACAACAGCUAGAACCUGUUAAAAGGGAAGAUUCUAGACACAAUGAGACACUACAAGAUGAUGAAUCGAAGUAUGACCCUAUUAGUCCAAAGAAGUAUAAUGAAGUUAUUAUUGAUGGUUUCGCUAUUCUUUCGUUCAAAACCAAGGAAGAUAUGUUGGAAUUUACUAAGCUGAGUGAAUCACAGAGUCCUGGAACUGAUCCACUACUCGAACAGACGUAUAAACGAGCUCGUCGAUGUGGUAUACCGAAGCGUAAGCGUACAAAAGGCUUUUUGAAGCAGACACUAUCACCAACAUCUACCUCGACUGAUCUGUUACGACAUUAUCACCAUCGUCAUUACAAUCGACAUAGUCAUCAUUCGUCGAAGAAGCAACACCACCAACAACAGGAGCAUCCAGACCACCAUCCUAUUUACUCGUAUAAUACUCAUUACGAGAAUAAUCAUCUUCCGGGAUCAGUUCAUUUAACACCGAAAAAUAAUACAAGUAUCAAGCAUAGAAUUAAUAAUAGUAAUAAUAAUAGUAGUAUUAUUACUGUUGCUGGUAUUACUACUAUGACUACAAGUACUACUGAGAUUAAUACAAAUAAUACUACCAAUUAUUCUCAUUUAUCUCCAAUCUAUUCAUGUAAUAAUAGUAUUAUUAAUAGUAGUAAUAAUACUAAUAAUGCGAGUAAUCAUCAUCACUGUCGUCAUAAUAAUUAUUCCAAUGAAAUAAUGAAUAAUAUGAAUUCUAAUGAAAAAUUAAAUCAUUCAGCUGUCCAAUGUAUGAAUGAAUCAUUACCAAAUUAUAGUUCAUAUUAUUUUACAACUAUUACAUCAAUGUCAUCAUCAAUGCCUUCUCUACCCAAUUCAUCAGUAUCAACAACAUCUACGUUAUCUCCUCAGUCGAUUACAUCAUAUAAUAAAACAAAUCAAAACAGAUCAAAUAAUAAUAAUAAUAGUAAUAAUGGUGUUGAUGAGGAUAAUGACAGUAAUAUCCAGUUAACUGAAUAUUCUUCAAUGAAUUCAUUGAAUCAUCAUGCUGACAUGACGCUGAUGAAUAUUACAUCAUCAUCAUCGUCGGCGUUAUCAUCGUCAUCACCAGGAGUAUGGAAUUCUCAAAUAAAGAUGGAGUGUGUUCCCCCGGAAAAAAUUGACAAGACAACAUAUGCUAAACUAUGUGAUAUUGAUGGUGUUAAACCAUUGCUUACAAAUCCUUUAUCAGAUAAUUGUAAAAGAACUGAAUCGAAUAGUGGCAAUAAUAAUAAUAAACCACAUCAUUUAUUCAGUGUGGCUGCUCUAACCGAUGAAGUUAUGCACCACUCACCUCAUUCAACAUCAGAUGAUUAUAAGCCUCAGUUAACUAAUAUAAAAUCACCAAAACCUAGUCCAACUAACAGCAAUAAUAAGAAACGAAUGCAUAGACGAUCCGAACAAUACGAUGCUCCAUCAUCUGCUUAUGAUAAUUAUGAUAAAUCAUCAUCUGUUACACAUUCCCAGCAUGAAUACGCUACAUAUACAGACCGGUGUACUAUUACUACAGAUAACAGAAAUAAUGAAACGCCUAAAAGUGGAAUGAUGAUGAAUUUAACCAGUCGUAAUAAUAAUAACAUUGAUCGAAUAUAUGAUAAUAUGUCAAAAUAUUCUUCACUACCACUGUCCUCCUCAUGCUCCGCCGCCGCCACUUCCUCUUCCUCCUCCCCAUCCUUGUCAUCUGGUCAUCAUGUGGUAUCAUCAAAUCAAAAUCUCAACAUGAACAAGAUGAUGUCAUCUGGACAGCGUAAUUCUUGCAUCGAUGUUUCAUCGUCAGUAAUUCAUGCAUAUAAAGCGUCGAGAGCAGGUAGUCGGGAAGGCAUGUUAAAUUCCAUGCAUCAUAAUUCACAAUUCAAUCAAUUUAAACCAAUGUCGUCGUCAGUAUUACAGUCAACACCAACAAAACCAUCAUCAUCAUCAGUAUCCUCGACAUCGUCAUUGUCGUCAAAUAUCAACUCAAAUCCGUCACUACUUCCACAUCAAAAUUUAUUAAAACAAUUCAUGGGUAUUGACUCACAAACAGCUAAUCAAUUGUUUAAUGACCCGCGUUUUAUGGAAUUGUAUGCAUUAACUAUGGCUACAUUAAAUGGCAGCAGCGGUGGUGGUCGUGGUGUUGAUGGUAAGGAGCCUUUGUCAUCAUCGCAUCGAAUCCCAUUGAUGAAUCAUGAAAAUACAGCUUCAAAUCCAAUUAGUAAUAUUAGUCAAAAUAAUAAUCAUAAUAAUAACAGUAAUGCAAGCAAUCAAAUUAGAAAUGGAUGUAUGAAUGAGUAUUCGCGUAGUGAUCCAUCAUCACUUUUCACGGAAACAAUGUCGUCACAUUUUGGCCACAUCAAUUCUUCAGGUUUUCAAAACAAACUGUAUCCAUAUAAUAAUAGUAAUAAUAAUAAUAACAGUGUGGCUGGCGCUCCUCCUCGUGUUCCUCAUGUACCCGGUACUAAUUGUUCAACUUCAUGUACUUCAGUCAACUGUUCACCUUCAAUCAAACUGCCUCCAUCAAAUUCUGAAAGAUUCUCACCUGGAAAUCCACAAGCUGCUCGAUCUCAGGCUGUAUUGGCUGCUGCAUAUGCUGAUCGUGAAUUCCUUUCUUCGAAUAACAAUAAUUCAACAUUGAAUAAAAGUAAAUCUUCAUCAUCAGUAUGUACAAGUCUACCGUCAAGUAGACAUAGCAACAACACUAGUGUACACAAUUACAGUAUGCCUAAUAAUAGUAGUAGUAAUUCGUCAUCAGUAGGACAUCCAAUACAACGGAUGUCUAAUUUCACCUCAAUGGCUCAUUCUACUGGAUCAGUAGAACCAGUGUACAAUAAUUCUAAAUCGAAUCCAGUUAACUUCCAUCACCAUAAUCAUCCUCCUCCUCAUCAACAUCAACAUCCACCUUCUUCUUCCUCUACUACAAAUUCAUCUAUACGUUCAUCCUCAGAAUCGAUGAUGACUGAUAGAAAUUUCAAUUCAUAUCCUUUAAAACUUCCUAAUGGUGAUCCAUACAACGCCUCAUUAACAUCUCUUUCACAGGAUGAUCGUAAUUUGAUUGGAGUAAAUAAAUCGGAACACUUACCGCCACCACCACAGCCACCUGAAUCCUCUGCUCAUCGAUCCAAUUUACCACUUCCAAUAAUGCCACCAUUUCCAUCACCACAUAUACCUCCUGAUUUUUUAAAACAAUUUUUCAAUACCGAAUCAUUUUUAUUUCCUGGUUCCAAGAUGAAUUCCUCUUCAACGAAUUCAACAAAUAUGACGUCGUCAUCAUCAGCAUCAUCCGUGUUAUCACCGUCAUCGUUACCAUCAUUAUCAUCAUCAUCAUCAUCCAGUCAACAGUUUCAAUCCUCUUUAUUACAGUCAAUGUAUUUCCCUACACGUGGAGGAGGAGGUAAUCAACCCAAUCGGACGGUGGAUAAAAUCAGUCAUACUGGUCUACUUCAUCGACCAAUUCGUGGAGAUAAGCCAUAUGGUCGAUGGGCUGAUGCGCACAUACGUAUCGCUUUGUUCAUUCAAUAUUGCGAAUCUAUGCAGAGACCACAGCCGUCCUCAUCGAUUCCAUCAAUGUUUCCAACGUGUCGAUUACCGAUUCGUCCAAUUGCUAGACGUUUAAAUCCUGGUGUACAUUCCUCUGUAUCAUCGUCAAUAAGUGGACAGGCUGUGCAGUGUAAUCCAACUAGAUUACAACAGCACAGUGAAUCUGGAAUUAAUCGAUCAGUCAAUAUGCCACCUCCGCCUAUUCCCGCUCCAGUUUCCCAGCCUCCUCGAUCGGCAAACAAUAACGACAACAGUAUUCCUCCAGAUGCAUCAUUAUUUUGGCGACAUUUAUUCAAUGAAUUCAUGAAUAGUUUAUCUAAAGAAUUUGCUAACAAUAUCCCAGAUUGUAAGGAUACACAAAUGGCAAUGUUACAGAAUUUCUUUUCUCACAUGUCCCAGUUCACUUCAGCACUAGGCGGUUCAUCUUCUUCGUCUUCUAAUUCCACUUCAAAAUUACCUUUCAGCACUUCAACAGUAACACCGUCAUUAUCGUCGUCUUUAGCGACUUGUUCACCGGUUACAAUUGGGUCAAGUAUUGGAAAUUACAAUUUCCCUUUAAUGACUCAAUCAUCCAAUCUACUUCGUACUUCACCUUCUACGUCUUUGUCUUCUUCUACCAGUGGUGUUCGACCGUCGUUACCGCCUUCAGGAGGAGGAGGAGGAGGAGGGGGAGUUUCUGCUCCUGUAAACUUCAAUUUACCAUCAGGCCUUUUAAAUCCCGAAAUAAAACGUAGACGAACUGAUUCUUUUGGCAUGGAUACUACUAAUCAUCCUGGUAUGCCGCCUUUUCCUCCUCCUCCUCCAAUGCGUAUGCCUCCAUUUCCGAGGCCAUCAAAUCCUUCUGUGCCUGGUGUAUUGCCUCACCCAUCCUCCUCCUCCUCCUGCUCCUCAUCACCAUCAAGAUCGUCAUCAAUAUCCUCGUCAUCAACAUCAUCAAUCUCAUACACAUCAACAACAUCAUCAUCAUAAUCAGCAUCAACAACAACAACAAUUGCCAGUUCAUGGUGCUCCUCCGCCUUCUCAUCCAUUUCCAAGUCAUUCAGAUGUGAUAAACAAUGCAACAGCUAAUUUCCUGAAUGGUUUCCGUCUACCUGAUACACUUUUAAACAGACUACCGCCGCCACAACCACAACCAUCACUACUGCAUCCUCAACACAACACCGGAUCUUCUUCUUCUCUUUCUAACAGUAAUCCAACUAUGAAUAAUGAAUCUUUUCCUUCAAGUGAUAAAAAUUCUAGAUCAUCAUCAAAUACCACAAAUACUGCAUCUCAUUUAGUUCCUAUCAAUCCAUGGUAAUUGAUUGUAUGAGGAGUUAUGUUUUUCUUUCUAAUUACUCCUUCUAAUGCAACUUGUUCAGUUGUCUUUUCCGUUGUUGUUGUUGUCGUUGAUGGUGUUGUUGUCGCUGUUAUUAUUAUUAUUACUAGCGGCACUAGGAUAUGUGUGUUGUGGUGGGAGUGAAUGGUUGGGUAGAGAGGGUGGCGGUAUUAUUAUUAUUAUUAUUUUGAUCAUGCCAUUUGCUUUACUGCCUUUUAAUUCGAAAUAUUUUCAUAUUCCAAUGUUUGUCUGUGUGUCUCUAUGUGUGUGUGUUAGAGUUUCUUUCCUUCAUCACUUUUGUAUUUAAGCAUUGAAUUUACACAGUUGACUGAUAUGUGCUGCAUAUGAUAAUAAUAUGCAGUCAGUACGUACGUUCAUACAACAUACACUUGUUCAGUUUGUUUUCCUCUCUUUCUCCUUUCUACAAUUCUGUUAUCAGCCAUUGUUUCAUUAUGUUCAUAUCAGGGAUUACAGAGUACAGUACAGUUGAGAAAAUACUGAUAAUAAAUGAUUCUGUUAAUUAAUGAUAAUUGGCCUCUAUUUCUUCUGCCUUUUGUCAUGACGAACGAUUUCACACUUUUUGAAGGAAAAAGAAGAAGUGAAAGCAUGAUGGGAGAGAUGAUUCUUUGUCGUUUGUCUUUUCCAUCUUAUUUUCUACUUUUUCCUGUUUGUACUCAUCUUUCUUAUUCAUGUGUGUGUGUGUAUGAGUGAGUGAGUGAUUGGGGAAACUUCUUUCUCUCUCUCUCUCUCUCAUGUAACUGGCUUGAAUGAAGAGUCACUUGUCUUUGUUAAACCUUUUAAAAAUCCUUUCUCUUCUAUACUUCCAUGCUUUUUUUCGGUUCUCAUACAUCAAUGAUGGUAAAUGGACAGACUGUGGUAAGAUAGACAGACAACUGGGAGGAUACACAGAACGAACAUUGAGAGAGAGAGAGAAAGAGAAUGAGGUGGUCCUUGAGUAAGAGUAGACAGAGGAAGAGAGUGAUAUGUAUAUUUGUGUACUAUAUGCCUUCAUAACUAUAGAUAUAUAUACCAUUCCCUACUUUACAUUUCUUAUUAUUUUUUCUUGGUAGUGUGUGUGUGUGUGUUAGACUCAGUGUUAUUUCACGUUUUGUUGUUAUAUCUUGUUAUUUCUUCAAGGACAGCAACAAAAAGCGUCUUUGAAUCGGAUUGUUUUGUUUGUUUACCUUUGUAUAUUCUCCUUAGGAAUCAUAAUAGCACUGAUUAGUAUUAUUAUUACUAUUAUUAUUGUUAUGAAUCUUGGAAGUAAUGUAUCAUUGUGCGUAGUAGUGAUUGACAACAUUAUUACUAUUUUUUAUCACACCAUUUUUAACUAUUGUUAUGGUCAUUUUGUUCCUUUUCUAUAUAUAUAGUAGUAGUAGUAGUAGUAGUAGUAGUAGUAGUAGCAGUUGCACUGUUCAUUACUACUGCUGCUACUACUACUACCACGACGUUGACGAUAACGAUCAUGCCGGUUACCGUCGAUUUCCCCUCCCCUUCACUCCCCUCUACAUCCCUCUAAAUUGUACAAAUAAUGUUAGUGAACCCUGUACUACUACUACAACUACUAUCACUCACCAAUAGUCAGUACAGAAUACAGUAAAAAUGAUGAUAUUCUUUGUUUUUUAAUGACCGUUCUUUAUGUCAUCACCACUUCUUCUUCUUCUUCUUUAUCCCCUCUAUCCAUCUAUCUCUGUUUCUUUUCCUUAAUCAUAAUCGUGAUUAUUAUCAUUAUUAUUGUUAUCGGAUGAUAAAGUGGCGCCCGGAGAUGAUGGCGUUGUUGUUAUUCUUGUUGCUGCCGCCAUAGUCCUCCUCUUCUUCCGUUAUAUCCUUUGUAUUUUUUACUUUUCUUUUUCAAAAUAUUUCUACUUAUAUAUCCCCUGUACAUAUAUGUGUGUGUGAACGAACGUACGUCCGCCUUUGUAUGUGUGUGUAUUUCUCUUUUCUGGUUUGUACAAUAGAUAAAUAGAUCAUGGGGUUAGCGUGUGUGUGUGUGUUAUCACGUCAUUAUCGAUUAGUGUGAUUUAUGUUUUUGUUUAUUUAUUUUUCUCAGCUCUUGGUUUUAUCACAUUUGUAAACUUUUCUUCUUUAUUGUCUGUUUCACUUGUUUGUUGGUUUGAUUUUUCUCUCUUUUUUUCUUCUAUUACUUAUUCAACCAAUUUGCACUGUAAAGUAAUAGUAAUAUAGUAUAGGUAGUAUAUUCCAUAACGUGUGUAUACAAGUUGCUACGUGUCUUUUUGUCCGUGUGUGUGUGUUGGUUUGUUUGUUGGAUUACAGGAGUAUAUAUAUAUAUUUAUACUGAUAGUACAUACACACACGCCUGCGAGCGAGCAAGCGGGUGAGUGUGUGCACACAAGUCUUCAAUGGACGAUAAAAACCAUAUACAGAUGAUACUCUUAUUAACUUAAAUGACUGACCAUAUGUAGAAACAGGUUUCAGUGUGUUAUAAAUAUUGUAGAAUAUAAAAAAAACUGAAAAAAGUUGUUUUGUUUAUUUGGUUUUCUGUUUGUUUUUGUUUAUUCUGCUUCUUAUUCUUAUUCUUGACAUUAUUAUCAUGAUAUCAUUUUGAUUGUAAAAAAUUAUUAUUAAAUUUGGGUGGACGACACCCUACAACAACAAGAAUAGUAAUUACUACUGUUAAUAAUACUUAGUAUAAAACAAUAGUGUUUACUCCAUAUCGAUUAUACAUGCAUUCACGUACGCACAGGCCUACGCACGCACGCUUGCUCGCGCGCACGUACGCACGCACUCACAGAUUAAAGUGUAUGGUUGUAUGUACAGUGAGUGAUAGGUAGGUAGACAGAUAAAUAGAUAGACGAGCAGAUAGACAGACAGACAAGACACAGACUGAUAACAGUAAUAAUCAGAAGAAGAAGUAUUGUCAGUAUCUUUCAACAGUGAAUGAUGUUUAUUUUUGUUUUCUUUAGCCUUUUGUUUUUCUGUUUCCAAAUUUAUUAGUUUGACCCUGUGCACAUAUUCAUUGCUCUUGUUCUUUCAUUUUUCUUCUUCUUUUUCUUCUGUCUGUUCAAGUUUAUUACAAUAAUAGUUGUUACUAUUGCUGCUACAUAUUAUUAUUAUUAUUACUAUUGUUAUUAUUAUUAUUUUAUUAUCACCAUUGUUAGUAAUAUAAUAAUACAGUUAUGAGAGAAUAAAGGAGAGAAUUAAUGAU